AUGAGUUCUAAACCUUGGGCUGAUGGCCCAUUCCCCCUUAUAAGCGCCUCAAUAUCUGGAGACAAUGUAGAGAAGCCGGUCCAAGGGGCAAGGAAGCUCGCGGCCGAAAUGACACUCGUCCACAACCUCAUCCUCCGGGGCAUCAACGCAGUCUACAACCAGGCCGUCAACGUCGGGGCCAGAGGGACAGACAAGGACAAGCUCGAUUUUGCCAACUUUGCGUACCAGUGGGGGGCCAUGCUGUCGGAGCACCACGACACUGAGGAGAAGAUGGUGUUUCCGGAGAUUGAGAAGAUCACAGAGGUGCCGGGCCUGAUGGGGGACAGCGUGGCAGAGCACCAUGCGUUUCAUGACGGGCUGACGCAGUACAUGGAGUAUCUCGACAAAGUUCGCAGCGGCAACGAUACUUAUGACGGAGAGAAGCUAAAGGCCAUUAUCGACUCGUUUGCUCCAGUAAUGCAGGAGCAUCUGGUUCACGAGAUCGAAUCGCUCGUCAAGUUGACAGAUCAUGAAGACAAGUGCGACUGGGCAGCCUGGUUCAAGAAGACGGUUGAUGCCAUUGUGAGCAAGGACAUGAAGGACUCCGAGUUUCGGACCAACACGUUUCCUCUGACCAUGAUCCUCCACGACAAGACCUUUGAGGGCGGCGUUUGGAGCAGUUUCCCACCUGUUCCAUGGCUGGUCCUGUGGGUGAUGCGGUACCUGUUUAUGAAUACGCGUAAAGACUGGUGGAGGUUCGCGCCAUGCGACUACAGCUCGCAGCCCCAGGAGCUACCAUUUGCAUCAUGA